CCCUUUUUGUUUUUGAACAGAAGCCGAUAAAUCCAUUCCAGCGAAUCAGCGCGCUGUAUUCAGGUCAGGCGAAAAGGCUACUUUCACUUUGAAAAGACGCGCGAGCUGAGAGGAGUUUCGUCAAAGCUGACUAAAAGUGAUCGAGGAUGGACAGUUUCGACAAACUUGAUGAUCCUGUGAUAUCUUCUUCAGGGUGUAAAAGGAAAGUAAAAGCUGACACGUUUUCACGGAGCUUUGCAAAAGCAGCGAGUUACAAUGCUGUUUUCCGUGCUGGUGCAGAAGGAGUGUCUGUGAUGGAGGGAGAUCCAGUCACUCUAAACACUGAUGUGACCAUAACCCCACAACAAAGAAUAAAAUGGUAUUUUAAUGACAACCGCAUCGCUCAAAUAAUUGGAGGUCAGAGUUCCAUCUGUACAGAUGCUGAGUGUCCCGAGAGAUUCAGAGACAGACUGAAGCUGGAUCAUCAGACUGGAUCUCUGAUCAUCACAGACACCAGAACCACAGACUCUGGAUUUUAUAGACUACAGAUCGUUAGCAAUACCAUCAGUGACAAGACCUUCAAUGUUACUGUCAUUGGUACAUCUGGUGCGGAUAGAGAUGUGUUUGUGAUGGAGGGAGAUUCAGUCACUCUAUGCACUGAUGUGAAAACAAACCAAUAUGACAGAAUAAAAUGGUUUUGUAAUGACACUCGCAUCGCUCAAAUAAUUGGAGGUCAGAGUUAUAUCUGUUCAGAUGCUGAGUGUCCUGAGAGAUUUAGAGACAGACUGAACCUAGAUCAUCAGACUGGAUCUCUGACCAUCAUGAACAUCAACAUCACAGAUGCUGGACAAUAUAGACUACAAAUCAUCAACGGCAGCAGCAGUAGCAGCAGCAGUGAAAAGAUCUUCAGUGUUGCUGUCCAUGAUGUUUCUGCUUCUGAACGAGAUGAAAUGAAGACAAAGUCAGUGAAAGCGGGAGAAUCUGUCACUAUAGAUCCUGGUAUAGGCAGAAAAGCAAACAAUUUGAUGAAGUGGUAUUUUAAUGACUUUCCUAUAGCUGAAAUCACUGGAGAUCAGAGCCAGAUCUGUACAGAUGUUCAGUGUGAUGAGAGAUUCAGAGACAGACUGAAGCUGAACAAUCAGACUGGAUCUCUGACCAUCACAGACACCAGAACCACAGACUCUGGACUUUAUAAACUGGAGAUCACUAGCAUCAGAAUCAGCAUUCGCCGUCGUCGUCGUCGCAGCAUCAGCAUCACGCGUGAGAAAAGCUUCAGUGUUUUGGUCACUGAUUCAGGUUUGUCAUCAGGUGCUGUAGCAGGAAUAGUUGUUCUGCUUGUGGCUGCUGCUGCUGCUGCUGCUGCUGCUGUUGCGAUUUAUAAUCGCAAAAAGAUCUAUACACUAGUAAACCAGAACGAGCACUCAUAGAAGACCUCUAAGCAGACUGAUCUGAAGUCAAGUCAGCUGUCAACUGCUGGUGACACAAGCAACAGUGAAUUUUGGCGACAGGACGUGGGAGUGCUCAGCCAAGUUGAGAAAAAAUUCUCUGAAUAUGAGAGGAAAACGAGAAGAAACUCAGGUCAUUCAGAGAAAUUGUGUGAUGAUUAAAGUAGUCAGUACCAGUACUAGAGGUUGACCGAUUGAUCUGUUUUUUUGAUUAAUCGUCAGUGAUAGUGGGUUGUUGGAACAACUGGUUAUCGGUAAAAAUCCAUACCGAUAGUUUCUCCUGGGUUAUGGCCAUUGCUGGAGUGGCUGAGAAGGUUCACACUCAUUAUACAGUACCAGAGCAGCCUCUAAAGGCAAAUCACUGACACGCGAGGCUGCACAGAGAGGGACUUCGAUUUAAAACACUGACAAUGAAACUAUAUGUAUACAGUACACUACAGUACAUGUUCUCAUAUCGUCAUAAACUAAUUAAUUUGUUAAGUAGAUGCUGUAUUAGUAAAGAAAAAAACAGCAGUAUGUUUGCUGACAAUUGGUUAUCGGCCAGUGUGGCCCAACCUAGUUAUCGUUGUCUGUAAAAUCCACUAUCGGUCAACCUCUAACCAGUACCAGUGAAAUUUCACUCAAACACCAAUUUCUACUAAUUCAAAUUAUUUUGCUAUAAUUUAAAUAAUAAAUUAAAACAUGCAUGUCUAAUAUUUUUUAAUUUGUUUAAAAAUAGCAUAAAACGACACUGUAAGAAACAUAGCAACAUACAGCAAUAGAACUAAGUGAGUUUGAGGUUUUUAGUAGGUAACUGUGGAGAGAUUUUUACACAUGCUAAACCCAGACUGGUUGCUUUACAGUGCAGGAGUGUAUAAUGUCUGUCCAGUAUUAGCAGUAGUGUAACAUUACACUACACUACAAGAAGUGGUCUGUUUCGACAUAUCAGAUGUUUCAUUUACAAUCAUUUGGAACUGUCUGUAAACAUAUAUACCUCAUCAAGAUGGACAUUUUGACCAAGUAGUAAUGUAAUGCUACAUCUUGACAGUAUUACUAUUGGCAUCUCUAUAACACUAGAGAGGAAAAUCGUGAAAAGUGAAUGUUGCGACUUAGAUGCUGGUGUCUUUACACCUAAUUUAACCAGCAUUCUCCCUCAGUCAAUAAACAUCAAUAUAAGCUGAUGUUUUCAACAGGAAUCUGCUUUGAGUAUUUGUUUGGGGUGUUGUAGAAAGUUUGUGGUUAUAGAGCGAGUGAAAGAUUAAACUCUGCAAGGGUUAAUUCAUGAAGUAUUACUGUUAUGUGAUAUUAUUAUUAUUAUUAUUAUUACUGUUAUGUGCUAUCAGGAACUGAGCCAGCAACAAAAUGUCAAACAAGUAUUUUUGAUAUUAGCAACUGAAAACUACGGUAUUAUUAUUGUUUGUCAUUUGAUGUUUUCAGCGUAUUGUCUUCAUUGUUGAAAUGUGCAAGUAAAUAAUAAUUUUUUUAUUUUUUUUAUUUUAUAAAUUGUAAUAUUCUGCCUUCUGUGAAACAUUUGAGAUUUGAGAUGCAGAUAAGUUUCUCUCACUCCCAAGUUUUUCUCACUCCAAGCAACCCAUGUGAGGAUGAAGAUGGAGUCCCGUCGAGCUUUAAAGAAUAUUAUUGCGGUGUGAUUGAAAUGAUCGCCUGCACUUGAAUGCUGUUCGGUCAGUUUGCUCUCUACCGUCACAUUCCUGAAGAGCUACAGCCUGUAGUCUAGAGGAAAAGUUUCUUCUGAUUAAUGUAGUAAAAGAGCUCAUCGCCUGCCUACUGAACUAAGCCACACUGAGUAAUUUAUUGUGUUAUUUUUCUGGGAACAUUCUGGAAUUUGAUGUGAACAACGAUGGACUAAACUUUCAACUUUCAUUUUAGGAUUCAACCUCUGAUUGUAACUAAAGCUGCUAGCUGUUAAACUCUGUUAAUAUUAGUCUCAUAAACUGAACAAAUAGCUUUUUAUUUCAUUCAUGUAUGUGAUUUUCUGCUUUUGACUGCAAUGAUGUGAACUGCGUAUUUUUCAUGGGCUUUUCUCAUUUAUUAUGUGUAUCCUUGCUUCCUUGCCUUACUACUUAGCUCCAUCCCCUUAAAGCACAAGUGAAGGAUGCAAGUAAAGAAAAUUAAUUUGAAUAUUGUUUGUUACUCGAGAUACUUCAAAAUGUCUUAAGCUGUGUUGAAGGGAUCUGCAUUCAUGUUGAUGUUUUGAGAAGAAAUUUGUAAUUAUUAAUAAAGCAAGAUCCCCUUUUGAAAUAUGUGGUGUU